CUCUCUCUCUCUCCCUCCCUCUCUCUCCAUUUCCCGCUUCACGAAGCCCACAGGCCACUACCAUUCCGAUUUUGGAUUUUUUAAUCCACCGCAACAAACCUCUGCAACUCAUCAACUCGCACGGAAUUCAUGAUUUUCUUCGCUGUUUUGCUCCGCUCCUUCUGAAAACCAACAAAGUAACGGCACAAUGGCAGCUUUCAGUGCUCUGUCUAUCUGUCCGUACAGAUUCUCCUUUCCGCCAAGCCCUAACAACAGUCGCAUUUUGUGCUCUGUCGCCUCUCCUUCUUCAAUGGGUACGCAUGAUCGUAAUGUACGUCUUGAAAGAUCAAGAAGAUUGGAAGGGCGUGGGAAAAGCAUGGAAGACUCCGUUCAGCGCAAGAUGGACCAGUUUUAUGAAGGCUCUGAUGGCCCACCUCUCCGUAUCCUUCCAAUUGGUGGCCUGGGUGAAAUUGGGAUGAAUUGCAUGCUUGUUGGGAAUUAUGAUCGUUAUAUUCUGAUUGAUGCUGGUAUCAUGUUUCCAGACUCCGAUGAGCUUGGUGUCCAGAAAAUUAUACCUGAUACUACCUUUAUCAAAAAAUGGAGUCACAAAAUUGAAGCAGUCAUCAUUACACAUGGCCACGAAGAUCACAUUGGUGCCUUGCCCUGGGUUAUUCCAGCAUUGGAUUCCCAUACACCAAUAUUUGCCUCAUCCUUCACAAUGGAGCUCAUCAAGAAGCGUUUGAGGGAGUUUGGGAUGUUUGUUCCAAAUAGGCUUAAGAUACUUAGAACAAGGAGGAGAUUCUGUGCCGGACCAUUCGAAAUCGAGCCUAUCAGGGUCACCCAUUCUAUUCCUGAUUGUUGUGGAUUGGUUCUCCGAUGUGCUGAUGGGACUAUACUUCAUACUGGGGACUGGAAGAUUGACGAGUCACCAUUGGAUGGGAACGUUUUUGAUCGUGAAGCACUUGAGGAACUCUCAAAAGAGGGUGUGACAUUGAUGAUGAGUGACUCCACCAAUGUGCUCUCACCUGGAAGGACAAUCAGUGAAGCUGUUGUAGCUGAUGCACUGUUGAGGCACAUUUCAGCUGCUAAAGGAAGGGUAAUUACUACACAGUUUGCAUCAAAUAUUCAUCGACUUGGAAGCAUGAAAGCUGCGGCUGAUUUAACUGGCAGAAAGUUGGUAUUUGUUGGCAUGUCCUUAAGGUCAUACCUUGAUGCUGCAUGGAAAGAUGGAAAGGCACCGAUUGAUCCAUCAACUCUGGUACAAGCUGAAGACAUUGAUGCUUAUGCUCCAAAGGAUUUGCUAAUUGUCACUACUGGAUCUCAAGUACGUCUAUUUGAAGGAUUUGCAAUGUUGACCUCAGUUGCAUUAUUGGACUGUUGUGGCUUGACUUCAUUUCCGUUGUGUCAGGCAGAACCUCGUGCUGCACUGAAUCUUGCAUCAUAUGGAAGUAGUCAUUCACUCAAAUUGAGCAAAGAAGACAUAGUUCUGUACUCUGCGAAGGUGAUCCCUGGUAAUGGCACCCGCGUAAUGAAAAUGCUUAACCGUAUAACGGAGAUUGGAUCAACUGUGGUAAUGGGAAAGAAUGAGCUGCUGCACUCAUCUGGUCAUGGGCAUCGUGAGGAAUUGGAGGAAGUACUGAAGAUUGUGAAGCCACAACAUUUUCUACCGAUCCAUGGAGAACUCUUAUUCCUGAAAGAGCAUGAAUUACUAGGAAAAUCAACAGGGAUUCGUCACAGUACUGUUAUAAAGAAUGGAGAAAUGCUUGGGGUUUCACAUUUGAGGAACAGAAGAGUGCUGUCUAAUGGGUUUUUAUCACUAGGGAAGGAGAAUUUACAGUUGAUGUAUAGCGAUGGUAAUAAAGCUUUUGGUACAUCCACCGACCUUUGCCUUGACGAGAGACUAAGAAUUGCACUGGACGGUAUUAUAGUGGUCAGCAUGGAAAUUUCACGACCUCAAGAUGCUGAUGGCUUGGACGAGAAAUUAAAAGGGAAAAUAAAAAUCACAACACGUUGCUUGUGGCUUGACAAAGGAAAGCUUUUGGAUGCCCUCCACAAGGCUGCCGAUGCUUCACUCUCUGGUUGUCCUGUAAAUUGUCCUCUAGCCCACGUGGAAAGAACUGUGUCCGAGGUUUUGAGAAAAAUGGUACGAAAGUACAGUAGUAAAAGGCCAGAUGUCAUUGUAAUUGCUUCAGAAAAUCCCGAAGCAGUUCUCCUUCAUGAUCUGGACGCAAGGCUAUCUGGUGAAUUGCGUGUUGGUAUUGAGAUGUCAGAUGGUCAUCCGAAAAGGAGACGACCAACUGAGAUACAAGAGGAAGAUGGCAGCAGCAGGAUCCAUCCAUUAAACAACACACAACAAGAAUUAUGUGAACGUAUUCAAGAUGAAAGACUGCUAUUUGAGGAAGCCACGACUUCAGGUUCUGAGUCGCAAGAGAAGCCUUCUGUCAAUUCCGAGUUAGAUGAUUUCCGGAAGUCAUCCAUACUAUCAUCACCGACUGGUCUGGUAGUAGAAGAUAGCAAUGGUUCUAUUCCACAGGAGGAACAUAGGGAGAAGAAUGCGAAAGAGAGUGAGGUUCAUGACUGCGUUGAAAUUCCGACAUCAGGAUUAAAAUCUUCUGAGCCUGCAAAACAGAACAAGUGGACACCUGAUGAGGUUAUGAAGCUAAUUGAUAUGCGUGGGCAACUCCAUAGCAGAUUCCAAGUUGUGAAGCGGCGAAUGUCUCUUUGGGAAGAGAUAUCUUCGAAUCUGCUGGCUGAUGGGAUUAAUCGAACUCCUGGGCAGUGCAGAUCUCAGUGGACAUCUCUGGUUAAGAAAUACAAGGAAAGCAAGAGUGACGAGCAAAGUAAGAAAAGCUGGCCUUACUUUGAGGACAUGAACAAGAUUUUAUCUGAUUUGGAGGCACCAGCAACAUGAUGAUCGGUAAACUGGCAGAAUCGGUCGCUUGCCUAAUUCUUUUUUGAAGAACUUUCGUCGACCAGAGGAGCAGCUUGAAUGGUAAUGGCUAACAUUGAUGGUGAUUUUGAUUCCAUGACCAACACACCAUACGUAUCCAGGAGGAGAAUUUUGUAUCGCAAAGAAUGGACGGCACACAACAAGUUGAUGCAUUUGUAGCCUUUCGGUCCUUUCAGUAUGCCAUUCCGUGAUUGAAGUGUAUGCGGUAGUUACGCAGAAUGCUGUUGACAGUGAUUUCAUUAGCGACAUGAUUUGUGACCAAAUGGGGAAAUUUUGCAUUGCCAAAAAUGUAUGAUACACAGGAAAUUGAGCCUUCAGGCCCUGUAAUCAUAGAGUAUGAAAUGCAUAUUUCCCCCUUUAA